CUUCCUUUCCCCAGCCCAACGACCACAACCCAAAAUCACCCAACUCACACCAUAUCCAUAGCACAACCAGCUGUGCCUUUUCUGUGCUGCCAAGAGACAUGGACUCUUCUUCUUCGUCCUCCCAGUCUAGAUCUCGCCGUAUACGUUCUCCCGCUUUCGAUCGUGCUCGUUCGCCCGUGGUUCAGCAGAUGCUGUCAGCGUCUCUCUCCAGCGGAGGAGGUGGUGGGAGCGGUGGUGGUGGUGCUUCUGCUGGUGAUGCUGCAAACAUGAGUCAACCCGUGGGCACAAGAGCCUCUUCCGGGUCAGGCAAAUCCUCUUUAAGUCGCAGCGCGCCGGACAAACAGCUCUCACAGAUAGAAAAGAGCGUUACCCACCUUUUAGUUGCGACAAAGCAGUUGUUAGAGACUCUCACACAAUGGUCACGACAACGUGCGUCGGAAAGCGAGGUUUCGGACGUCUAUGUGCGUUUGGGAUACGAGUUCAACUUGGCCUGUAGAGCUUUUGGAGCUAUUGGGGUGGAUACAUCAGACUUAGGACCCGUGCCUGAUCUCCUUCGGACAAUUCUUGAAGACACCCUCAGCCAAAAUGCAUCGCCAGAGAGCCUGGAUCGGUACCUGCCGCGCAUACGGGACAUCAUUAUCAAUUUACUCCAGGGGCUCAAGAAAAAACAGGCUAAGUUGCGGUCGAGGCAGAUGAAGGACAGCUUGCCCAGAACAGCACGCCAUGGGAGCGCUGGCAGCGUGGGAAGCGGAGAUAAUAGUCUAAAUCAGACCAUGGACGAGACUCCAUCCGUAUCUCAGUUACCACCGAAACGACAACAAGAGUUAUCUCGCCAAAAUAAUGCAAUGAAAAGUUAUGGAGAUACGGGCUUUUCCAGAAACAACUCUUCUUCCAACUGGUCUAAUGACCGCCAUGGACAAUCUUUUGCUGAAAGGGAAGCUUCAAAAAGAGACCCGCAAAAGUCAGCUGCUUCUUCGAGUUCGUCUUUGUCAAGUAGUGCUAUGCAGAAUAUCCCUGUUAUGCCUACAUAUCCUGACCAGAGCAUGAACGGACCUCGCUACGACAAUCCCCCCAGUUUUUCCGCGCAUGAUUUCCCUCAUCCACCACCGCCCACGCCUCCAACCUCUAAACAAAACGACGCCAUUGGAAUGCUACAAAGAAGUGGCGAACUGGAACGACGAGCGUCGAGGAGAUUCUCUGCAUAUCAGAUACAAAAGCACCUGGGUCCAUCUCCUAAUGGUGUUCCUGUAAUUCCAUCUUCACAGAAUUCGCCAGUUCCGAAUCGAGGACGCGAUGUCCGUGAAUCAAUGAAUGCUGUGCGCCUCCGUGGAUCAUAUCUUCACAGCAAACAGCGCUCGAAUAAUCGGACUCUUGAAUCAGCCCUUGGCCAAACCACUUCCUCCCCGGACCGUAGAGAACCAGUGAAGAAACCGCAACUCGAUACAUCAGUGGCAUCGACUGAAGACGAUGGUCCGUUGCCCAAAACUCCGACUGACAAGCUUGGCUCUCCACGCCGUUAUGAGUCGAGAGAUAUGCCAACAGUCGGUGGCUCUCUCCCUGCGCUACCCCAUAUUUUAGAGCGGGACUCGGGUUCAGAGACCUUCGAGGGUCCAUCAGGGAAGAGCACGGGACAGCAAUCUGCACCCGCGAACGGGACUCAACAUGCUAAAACUGCGUCUACGAGCUCCGACAAUUCGCCAGCUGGCCAGUUUACUCCCGAGUCGUCACCUCCUCCAAGCAAAGAAAUAACACUCUUCCUACAGUAUAGAAGCAAGAUUAAGAAAUACGUCCUGCCGGAAGGUUAUUCGGAGUUAACUCUUGGCAGACUACAGUUGGCCUUUAUCGAAAAAUUCGCUUGGAAUACUCACAACAAUGGUGUAGAUUUACCAGAAAUUUACCUUCAAGAUCCCGUCUCUGGGGUUCGACAUGAACUGGAAGACUUGAGUGACGUAAAAGAUCGAUCAGUCCUUGUGUUGAACGUUGAGCCGCUAGACGAGGUGAAGAAGCAUUUCGAUGAUGGAGUUGGCGGUCUCCGCCGUUUGAUUGAAGGAGUUCGUGAAAUUGUUGAUGGACAAGGCUCAUCUAUCCAACGUUUAACUGACCGUCAGUCAGAAGCUGCGAAAGAGAUUGCUCGCCUUGCUUCAGCUCCGCCCCCCGCAGCAACAUCCAAAUCUAGGGUUACGUCCGACGGUCCAAUGUCAGGUGGUGGAAACCAUAUUGCCGAACUUCAGGAUAUUCGUCGUGAUCUUGCCGUGCUACGCCAGACGUAUACGAGUUUCACAGUUGAUAUAUCAAACUCUAUGGGCUCAAUCCGAUCCAAGGCUAGCUCUGUAAAGAAUGCGGCGAAUGAGAUGACUGUGCCGUCGUUUGAGGGUGAUGCAGGCCGUGCUCGCGUGAACGCAGGGAAGAAGGAACUUGCUGACGAAUCUGAGAGGAUCGUCGCUCGUGUGGAUGAUCUUCAAGAUCUCGUUGAGGAUCUUCGGAAGGAUGUUGUUACACGUGGUGUCCGGCCGCUACCAAGACAAUUGGAAGCCGUAGGCCGUGAUAUCAGUGCUGUGACGAAGGAAUUGAAAAAGAUGCAGGAGUUCCUUAAGCGAGAGAAACCGAUAUGGACUAAGAUCUGGGAGAAAGAAUUGCAGCUUGUGUGUGAGGAGAGGGAUCAACUCACAAUGCAAGAAGAUCUCGUGAUUGACCUUGAGGACGAUCUCGAAAAGGCUACACAGACAUUUGGGCUUGUGGAACAAGCCACAAAACAACAAAGUCUGGACUCUAACUCGAACACGACCCCUGGACCCCACGGUUUGAGAAAUGUAUCUCGCAAUUUCCCCAUCGAUGAGCCACUCGACCCUAUGAAGGCCAAGGAUUACCUCCUAGGAGAAGUAAGAGCACUGCAACCCAACCACGAAAAUCGGCUUGAAGCCAUAGAACGUGCCGAGAAAGCAAGGCAGAAAGAGUUGGAGACCCGCCGUGUCGGUCCGCUCCAAAAGGAGUUAGGUAAAUUCGUUGAGGAGGGAAAACUGAAGAAGAGCGGUGGCUUCGAAGAGAUUGAACGGAUGCGGAAAGCAAAAGAAGACCGGAUACGAAAGGAGGUAUGGGAGCGCAUGAACGGAAUUGUUCCUGAGUCAGAACAGAACGUUGAGGCCGCCACAUCCACGGCUACAAGCCCUCCUCCUAUUGAUGACAAACCACCCGAGGUGGAUAAUCCCGAGUCAGCUAAAACCGUGGGACCAGGGGAAGAGCAUGCGAAUCCCUCAUCAGCUGGUAAACGAAGCGGCGCCCGUGGUUCUGGUGCUAGCGAUGGCCCUGCUCCUACAAAGGAUGAAGCUGCGAAGUCGCCAAAAUCGUCAACUGCUCCUGCUUCCGAUCGCAAACGCUCAUCUUGGCUCACGUCCAUAUUCAACUGAAUGUUGGCAGAAUCUCCCCGCUGGCACCAAAUCUCCCAGUUCCCCCUUGCUCCCCUCCUAACCUCCUCCAAUCUAACCCCCAACCCCGACCCGCUGUUUACUUCCUUUGGCACCGAAACGUUAUCUUUGAGACGUUUAUUGCCCAUAGAUCGAGCGGGGCCAUUACCAUGACUGGGUAUAUCACAUUUUACAUAUUUUAAAUUUUCUUCUUCUUUUUAGUUUAAUCUUGUGCGGUUUUUGAUUUUUGGUUUUUGUUAAUGCUAAUUGAAACACUCGAUACCCCGGAUAAUAAACCUAGAAUCCUUAGAUGCCGUGUCACAACGCUGCGGCUUUACAUAACCCUCCGCCUUUUUCCUCCUUGUUGCUGUUGCUAGCGGUUGUUAUCGUGGGAAGUUUUGGUACUCUGACAUUUCUUUUUUCCUUAUUUGGCCUUCUCGCGUCGAACCCUAUGUCCCCAUAAUCUUUACAUUUUAUUUGCUUGGAUACAGAGCCAUGUUUUCUUUUUUUCUUUUCUUUUUCUUUUCCCUUUUUUUCUUUCCUGCCAAUGUUCAUUUUCUUUCUUUCCGUUGUUAUCGAUACCCCAGAGACACUUUCUUAUUUACAGUCUGCUUCCCUUUUAUCUUCCAUCAUAUAUACACUCUCCCAACACCCUACGGCUUAUUUCCUAGCUCCUCUUCGUUUGUUCUCCUUUUAUUGAAUUUUGAAGUCUAUUUUUACGGGCGUGUACGAGAAAUGCGAUAGCUACACCAGCAAACGCAGAGGCUGGCUGGCUGGCUAGGCUUUUGUUGGCUGUGUACCUACCUAUACAUAGGUAGGUAGGUAGCGUUUAUACGAGAAAGGGGGAUGGAACGAAGUUUCGAUGAAAUUUUUAUGGUGCCCAUUUCCUUUCUUAUGACAUGUGGACAAAUUAGAUUAAAAUUUUGCCCCCUUCUUUUAUAUGUAUAUACUUAAUUGUUUAUAAUUCUCCACGCCUCACCCGUUUUUUCUCCAUUCUGUUCUGCAGCUGGAAACGUACUAUUCUUAGAUGUUUCGAUUUUGUUCAAUCGUCGUCCGUCGUCCCGGGGAUGACACAGGAGGAGAGUGGUGACAUUCAGCCAGUGGUAUGGAUUGGACGCAUGCAACGUAGAAAGUACUCAUAAUAUAUACAUACGCAAGAGGGCUGAGAUUUUGGGCUGGUUCUAGACUGAUAUUUUGCUGUCUGAGAGCGCAUUUUCUCGCCUGAGGCUGUUGCCAAAAAUAAUUGACUGCUAUGUCAAUCUUCUCUCUCUUCGAUCAAUCGCCAUCAUUUUCAAUUUGUUU